AUGGAGUUGCAAACAACAAGUGGUGUUGUUCUCAAGUCUCUUGAUAAUACCAAAGGAGACUACGCAUUCCCAGGACUGGUAGCCGGUGAAUAUUGUGUUGUUGGAACCAAGGAUGGCUAUCUGCCCGGUGUGUUCAAGAACGACAACAAGUUUGACAAUGGCAAAGUGUGCCUCAAAGUUGGUCCAUCGACUACCAAGAUACAUUAUGACUAUUCACACUAA